GAACUUCGAAACUUGUCCCUUUCUGGCCAUGUUGGAUUUGACAGCCUUCCUGACCAGUUGGUCAACAAGUCAACUUCUCAAGGAUUCUGUUUUAACAUCCUGUGUGUGGGUGAGACAGGCAUUGGCAAAUCCACAUUAAUGGACACUUUAUUCAACACCAAAUUUGAAAGUGACCCAGCUACUCACAAUGAACCAGGUGUCCGGUUAAAAGCCAGAAGUUAUGAGCUUCAGGAAAGCAAUGUACGGCUGAAGUUAACCAUCGUUGACACCGUGGGAUUUGGAGACCAGAUAAAUAAAGAUGACAGCUAUAAGCCAAUAGUGGAAUAUAUUGAUGCCCAAUUUGAGGCCUACCUACAAGAAGAAUUGAAGAUCAAACGUUCUCUCUUCAAUUACCAUGACACGAGGAUCCAUGCAUGCCUCUACUUCAUAGCCCCAACUGGACACUCGCUGAAGUCCCUGGAUCUGGUCACCAUGAAAAAGCUGGACAGUAAGGUGAACAUCAUUCCAAUAAUUGCAAAAGCUGACACCAUUGCCAAGAAUGAAUUGCACAAAUUCAAGAGUAAGAUCAUGAGUGAAUUAGUCAGCAAUGGUGUCCAGAUAUAUCAGUUCCCCACAGAUGAAGAAACAGUAGCAGAGAUUAAUGCAACAAUGAGUGUCCAUCUCCCAUUUGCAGUGGUUGGCAGCACUGAAGAGGUGAAGAUUGGCAACAAGAUGGCGAAGGCCAGGCAGUACCCUUGGGGUGUAGUGCAGGUUGAGAAUGAAAACCAUUGUGAUUUUGUGAAACUUCGGGAGAUGCUUAUUCGUGUGAAUAUGGAAGACUUGCGAGAACAGACUCACACCCGCCACUACGAAUUAUAUCGACGCUGUAAACUGGAGGAGAUGGGGUUCAAGGACACUGAUCCUGAUAGCAAGCCCUUUAGUCUUCAGGAGACAUACGAGGCAAAAAGGAAUGAAUUCCUGGGAGAACUCCAGAAGAAAGAAGAAGAAAUGAGACAAAUGUUUGUUAUGAGGGUAAAGGAGAAAGAAGCGGAACUUAAAGAGGCAGAGAAAGAGCUUCAUGAGAAGUUUGACCUCCUAAAGCGGACACAUCAAGAAGAAAAGAAAAAAGUGGAAGACAAGAAGAAGGAGCUUGAAGAAGAGGUGAACAAUUUCCAGAAGAAGAAAGCAGCAGCUCAGUUACUACAGUCCCAGGCCCAGCAAUCUGGGGCCCAGCAAACCAAGAAAGACAAGGAUAAGAAAAAUGCAAGCUUCACAUAAAGCCUGGCAAGCCAAGGAUGUUCCCGCAUUCACCUGCUUUUGCAGUAAUAUUGUGUCUCUGCCAUCUGUGUCUUUAUUUUA